GUUUAGUAACGGAAACGGAUCGUUCGCUUCAGUCGGCCACCAAGCGAAUUAUUCUAUAAUAUUACCAAUCCAAAAUGGGAGAGCAAACAUUCAGUGCAGGGAUCUGCGCCGUGGCCUGUGUGCUCCUGCUGGCGUCGCAGGCCAGCGGCUUCAGCUACACGAUGGAGCAGAUGUGCGCCCAGAUAUCGGGAACGGGAUACGUGGGCAAUCCGAGCAGCUGCCGCGCCUGGGGCUACUGCGAGAACCAGAAGCUGGCCGGGUGGGGCACCUGCGAUGACGGCCUGAUCUUCGACUCGCAGAAGUCGUCCUGCUUGCCGGCCAACCAGACGAUCUGCUCCACCAGUGCGGUGACCACGUGUGCCAAUGCCAAGUCACCGAUGUACGUGGCGGAUCCGACGAAUUGCACCCAGUACGCCUGGUGCGCGGGCAACGGAACUCUUCAGUACGGAAAUUGCGGCGAGGGCGGUGUCUAUGCGGCCAACAAUCAGACUUGUGUUUGGGGACCCGCUUGUCCGCAGGACGACAUCUGCAAGUUCAUCAAGUCGGGCUCCUACAUCGGCGAUCCGGACAACUGCGGCUCCUACAUUUCCUGCAACAAUGGCUACGGCACCGCUGGCAGUUGCACCAAGCAGUACUACAAUUUGGCAACUGGAAUGUGCCAGAAUGCCAAUCCCUGCGACGGCAGUAGCAACAACGACAGUAGCGGUGAUUCCUCUAGUCCUUUUACAGUGGGUGAGGAAGUCGCGGGAGUUUGUGCAAGUUUUUGGGCAGAUGCUGAAGAAGCUGUUGCGGAUAAGACGGAUCAGACCUAUAGAUAUGUCUCGGACAAUACCACCUGCUAUGGCUACUUCUACUGUGCCAAUUCGACUGCAAGUGGUAUUUGGAACCAAUGUCCAGCCGGAACCCAAUUCAAUGUCGCUAAAGGCCAGUGCGUUUCGCCUGCCGCUUUUGCCUGUAAAUUCAAUCGGUGUGGCAAUGUGAACAGGCAGUUCAUGACCGUUCAGUAUACCGGAUGCAGGAGCUACUCGAUCUGUGCCUCAGGCGUUCAGGCAACCUGCCAAAAUGACCUCUACUACGAUGAGAUCAACAAUAUCUGCACCCAAACGCGACCAUCUUAUGCGAUUUGCACAGCCACGGCUCCGACGAAGGGUUAAGUUUUCUUUCCUCCGGAAUACCUUGUAUUUGACAUAACUUAAAUCCUAUCCGCGUUCUUUACUCCUUUGCCCUUGCAACCACUGCGGGGAAAGCAUUAAAAAACCAAUAAAAAUACCUCAGCUUCGA